AUGUUUGAACGAAUUAUUCGCAUGGCAAAAAAUAAGCCUACAUUCCGAAUGGAGCAAAUUGCCCACAGUCAUCAUCGAAGCAACAAAAUUGAGGACAGCAAAAUAAAAAUAAUUGACCAGAAAACAUGGCUUGUACAGUCAUCUUCUGGGCCAACAUUAUAUUCUGUGUUGAUUAAUGACCAUAGAAGUUGUAUGGGCUGUCCUUUGUCAUGCCCUGAAUGUAAAAUAUGUAUUCAUUAUUACACAUGUACAUGCAUCAAUUUUAAAAUUAAGGGGAACUUUUGCAAACAUGUUCAUGCUUGUGUACGCAUAUCUGAUAAAAAACAAACCUGUUUAACUACUAAUGAAGAAAUAACAACCUCAGCCUUUGAAAGUCAUAAUAACAGUGUUGUAAUGGGAUCACUGGAACAACCAACUCGUCUAAGAGAUGCUGUGUCAGCUUCUAGUCAAUUAACAACUUUACUUAAUGCUGCAUUAGGAAUUGCUAGUUCUGCUACAGAUGAAGGCAAACUUAAAGCCUGUAAAAAAAUAGAAGAAGCUAUUCAGAUUUUACAAUCAAAUAAAAAUGUGUCUGAAAACUCAAACUCAUCUGGGCCCCAUUUCUCAGAAUUACCUGACAUGCCAAGUCACAGAAAUAUAGAUCAACAACGUUUUAAUUCAACAAGAAAGAAGCGAAAAUUAACCAGUGGUAGACUGUCAAAACCAACUGAAAAAGAAAAGGUGUCUAUUAUAGAAGCUAUUAAUAAUACAAAUAGAACUAGCCAAGUUGUAAAUACUGAAUAUGAUCAUAAAUAUUAUAAUCAUAAUAUAUUAUAA